AUGGGUAGCAACGUCACCGCAAACCCCCCUUCGCUCAUCAACCUGCAGCUGGGCUGGCCCUCCCCACGCCUUUUUGCAGCAAGCGCACUCUUAGACGGCGCAACCCAGGUUCUGACUUCGGAAUCCGAAACCGCCGCGGCACUCAUCUACGGCCCUCACAUCGGCCAUCCACCUCUCCGAAAGAGCAUUGCAGAAUGGCUGUCCUCCGUCUACGACUCGGAGAUCGACCACGAGAGAAUCUCCAUCAACAACGGCGCGUCUGGCAACCUGGCCAACGUACUGCUGAAAUUUACAGACCCCCUCUACACGCGCAAGAUCUUCAUGGUUGAGCCAACGUACUUUUUGGCGUGCCCAAUCUUUGAAGACAAUGGUUUCCAGGGCAAGCUAGCGGGUGUGCCUGAAAACAACACAGAUGGCCUUGACAUUGCUUUCCUCCGACGUGAACUAGCCAUCGCAGAAGCUCAAGCUGUCGAAGAUGCUGAGAAAUUCGGCCGCCCCGACAUUCCCACAAUCAAAGCGGGCAAAACCUACCCCAAGAUCUACAAAUAUGUCAUUUAUAUCGUUCCAACUUUUUCGAAUCCUAGCGGGAAGACGCUUUCCCUCCAGAUCCGAAAGGAUCUUGUGGCGCUCGCCCGAGAAUACGACGCCCUCAUCGUAUCAGACGACGUCUACGACUUUUUGAGCUGGCCCGAGGACUCAUCCGCUCCAGAUGACGCAGUUGGCGCCGUGCCACUGAGACUCGUUGACAUAGAUCGCGACAUGCCCGGCUACAGUACAUGGGGACACACCCUCAGCAACGGAUCUUUCUCCAAGGUGGUCGGGCCUGGUGUCAGAGUGGGCUGGGCGGACGGCACGCCGGCGUUUGCCAAAGAAUUGGCCGAAGUAGGAUCUUCCAGCUCCGGCGGCGCACCUUCGCACCUCACAUCCACUUUUAUCGAUAAGAUGCUACGAAGCGGCAAUCUGCAGACACAUAUCAAGAAGACUCUCAUACCUACAUAUCGUGAGAGGUACUACACCCUCAUGACCUCUAUCUGCGAUGUUCUGAUACCAUUGGGUGUCACAGUGGAAGCCAAUAACCCAGAAGGUGCCGCCGAAGCCACCGCAGGAGGUUUCUUCACAUAUCUCCGGCUUCCAGAAGACCUUCCAGUGGCAAAGACGGUAGCAGCCAUAGCCUUGAAGGAAAAACUACUUCGCGUUGCAUUCGGGCACAUGUUCGUCGUCAGUGGAGACAAAGGGAGCGUUCAGAGAGCAGAGUCGAAAGAUGGGUUUUCUAGAUGCAUCAGACUGUGCUGGGCAUGGCAUGAGGUAGCUGAGAUCAAAGAAGGCAUUGAGAGGCUGGCUGCCACCAUUGUUGUUAUCAGAUCUAGGUUGGAAGCUGGCGAGGAUAUGAGCGAGCAGUUCUCCAUCGGAUUCAGGUAG